CAGGGUUGUCACAGUCGAGCUUUAGUGCAUGCCUCGCUUACUUCCACGUUUGCUCAAAAUCUUGCAAGAUGCUCCAGAGCCCAAUACGCUGAGCAAUGGAUAUACACGUUACAAAAAGCGUGUUUCUAUGAAAAAUACGAUUCCAGAGACGCCUACUUUCACUUCAGAGGGCAGGACUCGCUCGAUUUUGUUGGACGACGCAAACCCAAUCACCGAAGGCCAUCUUUAUAACAGACACAAGUCACUACCACCCAGGGUUCGUCUCGUGAAACCACUACAAGAUACCGGAGAGCAUGAUCAUCCGCGGGAAAUGACGGAUGAGGAACGCGAAUGGUGGUCCAGCCCUUACCUCAGAAUGCUCGCUUCGCCAUUGCGAGAAUGUCAAAUAACGCGUAAAAAGCUACCAAGUGACUUUCUCAUUCGUCUGGCACCUGUGCGCCUCCCAGCCUCUCAGGGAGUACGCGAACAACAGACACUAGUUCCAGAUGGUGUCGAGCAUCCUAAAUUCAAGCCUCGUCGAUCCACACCUGCGUGCUAUAUUGUAUGCUGGAAAGAUGCCGUUCCAUAUGCAAGUUCUAGAAUCCCGCUGCGCAAAAUCUCACAGAACUUGACUGUGGCGCCUUUGCUAUCGGUGCGCAUCGGUUAUCAGCUCCGUUUACGAGUCCUGCAGGAACUAGAACUUCUUACUAAAAGGCUUGCUGCGAGCCCUUUGGACGACUCCGAGGCGGCUGUUCGGCAAACUAACUCGAUACCUCACAAAGAUGCAGUGGCCCUGAUAGUAGUGCCCCCAGUCAAUCGGAACCCAGAAACAAAGGAGAAGCCACAGCCCUCCGCACAGUUGGACAUCGCUGAUAUUGUGCAAAUCGAUACUGACAGCUCAGAAACCUCAUCGCGGCGUCUUCCCCCCCUCUCCAUUAUCCAUCCAAUCACGGAUGAAGAUCCAGGUUCUCCUCUUCUUCCAAAUGCGCAAGCUCCUCUCUACCACGGCCUGUCCUUGUUUCCUGCCCGACCACAGCGAGCAGCACUACAUAAAGCGCUCUGCAAGCUACUUGAGGUAGAGCGUAGAUCACGGUCGUGCGCACUUUCGGCCUCUGGUUCUUCCAAACAUGAAAAGUCCUCGCGAGUCCGUGGUGAUGCCAAGGGAAGCCAUGCGUUCCUGCUAUGUUCGAAUCAGCAUACUACCAAACGGGCGGAUGUUGUACCUUUGGCAGUAGCUCUCUGGAGAUUGCGGAUGUGGGAGGGGCAAGCUUACGGGUCUGCUACUGAGACGAGUCACUGGGAGGUUGAUGCAGGAUGGAGGUUAUCCUGGGCAGAACGGAUGUACUGA